UGAAACUAAAAAUUUAAGAAUCGUGUGAAAGUGUUUUUAAAAUAACUGAAAACUUUUUUGAUGAAAAAAUAUUUUGAAAAUCAAUUGUUAGUAAAAAUGCAAAAACAUUCUCUAAAAGGGUUUUUAGUUAAUUAUUUUAAAUUGACGCUGUUAGAUUUGGGGUUUUGUAGAGUUUUUAAGGUGCAGCGGCCUUAGCCUCUCGAGAAACGAUGAGCCAUACAGGGUUGGAUUUCUUCAUCAUCGAAUUCAAUUCUACCGUGGCGUGGCGGUGGCUAUUGUGGUUGUGGCAGUGUAAAGAGGCCUAAACCCUGUUAAAACAUCGUGUGUUUUGCCAGUUUUAUGAGAAAGAAGCGUUUGGAUGGGAAGACGUGAUAAGGCGAAGAGGUUUGAGGAUACCCAUGGAGGCAACUGUGCUGCAGAAGGAAGCGGUAGAGACGGAAUUAGAAGGAGCUCAUGAAAAAUUGGAGAUGAUUAGCACACAAAAUUCACACUCUCAAGAAUCUUUGCAACUUCCACUGAAGAACACAACAAUCAUGUGCUCAUGCACGCUACGAUCAAUGCUCAAUCAACGGCCCAACUGUCCUGGACUCGAAAACCUUGACAUUCUUCACCAUGAGCUCAUCAGCCCAACCCCCGGCGGUGGAAAAUAUCCAACCCUACCCUCGAAAAUUCGACGGUUUCAUUAUGCCUAACAUCAAGAACUUCACGCUCACAUCGGGUCCAGGAGGCCCGCCGUGUGAGGUUCAACACGACGUUCCGGCACUGGUAUUCAGCGCCGGCGGGCUCAUUCGAAGACGCAACUUCUACCAUAUUUUCGAUGACGGGCUCAUCCCACUCUUCAUCACCGUCAACACGAUCUUCCGCCCCGAUCAGGACUUCGUGAUCGUGGCUUCCUUGGCCACCACGUGGUGGUCUCGCAAGUUCCCAGAGUUAAUGCGAAUGUUCACCAGGCACCCUAUCAUCAUCCCUAAAAGUUUUACACCCACCCACUGUUUUCCUUCUGCCACCAUAAGCCUCAUCUCCCAUGAUUUCAUGACCAUAAACCAAACACUACUAUCCACUCCAAAAACGUUCAUGGAUUUUCGUCUGCUCAUACACCAAGCCUAUACCGAAACGUCCCGCCGCAAAAUCUUCGCAUCCGACCCCACUGACCCUCAACCGAUACUCGUGUGGGCCAACCGCAAGGGGGCUCGUGGACGCAUGGUCGCGAACCUGGACCAGGUGGUGGAGCUGAUGAAGAAGGUGGGAUUUGAUGUGAAAGUGUUUGAGCCCAACACACCACCCCAUUGAAUGAAUCUUAAUUAUGCAUUGUUGAAUGCAAGCCAUGCAAUGAUUGGAGUGCAUGGGGCUGCACUCACUCACCAAUUUUUUCUCCGGCCGGGAUCUGUGUUUGUGCAGGUGGUUCCGAUAGGGUUACACUGGGCGGCGGAUGCAUUUUACGGGAAGGUGGCAAAGGAUUUAAAUUUGGAGUAUAUUGAGUAUAGGAUUGGAGUGGACGAGAGUUGUUUGGUGGACAAGUAUGGCAACGAGGGUUUGUUGUUAAAGGACCCAUAUGCCCUUCUGAAUAAAGAUAAAAAUGGGUGCCCAGUGGCCACCGACAUUAGGGACAUUUACUUGUGCCAACAAGAUGUCAAACUUGAUUUGACCAGGUUCGAGAGUUGUUUGAUGGAGGUUUAUCAUAAAGCGAGGAGAUUUAUGAAGUUGAACGAUUAGUUACGUAAUAUUGGAUUUGGAUGAAUGAAAUAAAUUAAAAUUCAGCUGA